GGGAAGGCUAUGCUGCCUUGUCCCACUUGCUGGUUCUGUUUGUUUUCAUGCCAAAAAGCCUAGUCAGGAGACUUGCUUUGGCCCAGAAGAUUCUCCCACAGGAAGCAAGAUAGGGUCUGCCAGCCGGCUUUUCUUUUUAUUUCUUGCCCCGUCUUUGCUAUUUGUUAAACCAGGAUGUGGAAGAGGUCAGACUGAUGUUCUUUGGACUUGGUUAGGAAUCUGUUGACAAGCACCAAGCUUUGCAAGAUGGCCCUUCUCACAAUUCUUAGAAUUCUUUUGUGGGGAAUGGUGCUUUUUAUGGAACACAAGGUCCAAAUGGCAAAGGUAGAGUGGCCCUCCACUACCCUCCUUGCUGAAAACCCUACAUUGCCCUCGAGUUUGGAUCUGGCCAAAGAAGCCCCUGGCAAGGAGAUGAAGCAGUGGCCCCAAGGAUAUCCCCUGAGGUACAUGCUGAAGUUAUACCAGCGUUCGGCUGACCCACAUGGGCACCCGAGGGAGAACCGCACGAUUGGAGCUAAAAUGGUGAGGCUGAUAAAGCCGUCAGCCAGUGCAAUGAGGCUUCUCAGAGGUCCUUGGCAUAUACAGACCCUGGACUUUCCUCUAGCAUCAAACGAGGUAGCAUACCAACUAAUCAGAGCCACUGUGGUCUACCGCCAUCAACUUCAUCUAGUUCAUUACCAUCUCUCCUGCCAUGUGGAACCUUGGGUCCCUAAAUGUCGAACCAAGCACUUUCCUUCUAAAUCGGGUUCUGCAAAGCCUUCUUCUGUGUCUAAAGCCUGGAGAGAGAUGAAUAUUACCCACUGUAUUCAGCAGAAGCUCUGGAAUCGCAAGGGACGGAGAGUCCUUCGCCUCCGCUUCAUGUGUCAGCAGCAAAAAGGCAAUGAGACUCUUGAGCUCCGGUGGCAUGGCAUGACCUCCUUGGAUGUUGCCUUCUUGCUACUCUAUUUCAAUGACACUGAUGAGAGUGCUCAGGCUAAACUUCUUGCAAGAGGUCAAGAGGAGUUAACUGAUAGGGAAUCUCCUUUUCUUAUGCGGAGUGUCCGGCAAACAUGCAGCAUAGCAUCUGAUGUCCCUUGUCCUUCUCAGGAACAGGAUAGGUCUGUAAAUAACCAGUGUUCCCUCCAUCCUUACAAGGUCAGCUUCCAUCAAUUGGGCUGGGAUCACUGGAUCAUUGCUCCCCGUCUCUAUACCCCAAAUUACUGUAAAGGAAUCUGUACUGGAGUAUUACCCUAUGGUCUAAAUUCACCCAACCAUGCCAUCAUACAGAGCCUUGUCAAUGAACUAGUGAAUCGCAGUGUGCCUCAGCUUUCCUGUGUCCCUUAUAAGUUUCUUCCUAUGAGUAUCCUUCUGAUUGAGGCAAAUGGGAGUAUCUUGUACAAGGAGUAUGAGGGUAUGAUUGCUCAGUCCUGCACAUGUAGAUAACAGUGAACUUGUAGCUAGC